ACAGUAAAAAUAAUGUAAAACAAAAUAGUUAUCCGUACUUCAACCAUCACGUCCCCAAAUCAUUCCCUCUCUCUCUCGUGCGACGCUUCUCCUCCUCCUCGCAACAACAGAUCCAUCCAUUUACGAACCCUAUUCCUCCCUUCCUCCAUAAACCCUCACAACAACUCUCUCUCUCUCUCUCUCUCUCUCUCUCUUCAAUUUCUUCUCCCCUCUUUUCCCCUCACACUACAAAUUCUAGGUUUCGAAGCAAGCAACAAUGGAGUUGCCCGAGGAAAGUAAACAAACGUUAACCAAAAGUAACGAAGAAGAGGAAGACCAUCUAAAGACUGCAGAGAAGCUCGAGUCUGAGAAAUUAGCUAAGAUCAAUUUCAACUCUACCCGUAUAGUUGAUUUAGAUGCACUUCUUUGUGAUACCUAUGAUAGAGAUUGUCCAAAACCAGUUCAUUAUCAGAACAGGAGAGAUUUGAUUCGCAUCUUCAAUAUGAUGGCAAAGGAAAUAUAUGGCAAUAGUAUGGUUUCCCCUGUUGUGGAAGAAUAUGGAUCAUUUGUAAUGGACAUUUUCAAUGAAAGAAGUGAUCUUGACUUGUCUAUCAAUUUCAGUGAUUCCAUUGAAAUUAAUCGGAUGAAGAAGAUUCAAGUCCUUCGGAAGUUCAGCAAGAAGUUACGGUCAUUUCAAAAAAGUGGGCAUGUUACUGCUUUAGAAGUCAUCCUGUCUGCCAAGGUACCAAUCGUAAAAGUUACUGAUAUUGGAACAGGUGUUGAAUGUGAUUUAUCAGUCGAAAAUCGGGACGGCAUUGCAAAAUCCCAUUUUAUCCGUGCAAUUUCUGCCAUAGAUGGAAGAUUUCAAAAGCUAUGUUUACUGAUGAAAUCAUGGGCUAAGGCUCAUAAUAUCAACAGUUCCAAAGACGCUACUUUGAAUUCUUUGUCGAUUGUAUCGUUUGUUGCUUUUCAUUUUCAGACUUGCGAUCCUCCCAUUUUACCUCCAUUCUCUACUUUACUUAAAGAGGGAGCUGACCUUGAGUCUGUGACGAAGGCUGUUAAAACAUAUACCAACUAUGGGAAUAAAAACAAACAGUCAUUGGCCCAUCUUUUUGUUACUCUUUUAGUCAAGCUAGCAUCAGUUGAAAACCUUUGGCAGAAUGGAUAUUGUACGAGUUCAUACAAUGGGUCGUGGGUUUUAAAAAAAUGGCGUUACUCAAUGAGUGUGGAGGAUUUUACAGAUCUAUCACAAAAUGUUGCUCGAGCAGUUAGAGCUGAAGGGUUUAAGACGAUCUACAAAUGUAUCCAUAAUUCCAUUGACUACCUUUCACGGUUUUUAAACGGCGAGAUCCAGGGAAUUGAGUUAAUGGACCAUUUGUUUGGAAAACCUAUGGCUUUUACUCUAGGCGUUGAGGGUACUUCUACUAGCAACAUCAAUGGAAAUAAGAAUAACCCUCCUACUUUGCAUAAUCCCCGUCCACCGAAAAAGAGACGCAUAGUUAAAAACCAGGCUGGGGAUUUUCAUCAAACUGAACCCCGGGGUGCAGAUCAGGUGCAUGUACCUCCUAGUAGUAAUGUGCCCAAUGGAGUUGAGGGCACUUCUACUAGCAACACCAAUAAAAAUAAGAACACUCCUACAGGUAAGGUGCAUGUACAUCCUAGCAGUAAUGUGCUCAAUCGACUUGCUUCUUUCCCUCCCCCACUUCCCUACCUAUCUCGAUAUCAAUCAUCGUUUGCUACACAUAGUACAGAUUUUAUGGAGCAUCAUGGUUAUGUUCCAGGACAUGUUCCUCCUCAUUUUGGCUUAAACCCAGCUGGUUUCCAAGGUUCUUAUAAUCCUUCCUCACAGUCUCAUCAUGUUUGCCAACAAAUACCCGGGGGCUAUCUUCAGACAUUUCAUCAAAAUGCGGUAGCUUCAAAUCCCUAUCAUGGUUCAUUCCCGCAUUCCUCACUACAAGGAAGAGACUAUGCCUCACUACAUGCAAGAGACUAUGCCAUAUACAGUCGGAGAAGUGGUUGAUUUGAUCUUAUGGGGGUUGAUUUUCAUACAUACAUUUUUGAAUUAACUAAUGACAUACAUGUUGGCAACCAAUUUCCUAAUAUAUACUCUCCCAAUUCCCGUGACUGUCUUAAAUCAAAACCUCCCGAAUUUGUAUGUAGUGUAGAGUUGAAAAGUGUUUUAUCAUUGUUCUAUAGCUUUGGAAGCAAGAUCGGGAAAUUCCUUUACUUCUAGUUUUGCUCUUCUUUAUUUGGGAAAGCAGUGUAGGAUAUGGUGAUAAAACUUUCCACUAACGUGUUUUAUGCAGGUCUGUUCUGUUGUGAGUUGAAGAAUUACAAUGUCUCAUUGGUAGAAUUGAAGGGCUAGAUUUUGUAAUCAAUAGACCAGGAAUAGAAGGGCAAAUUCUACUGAGGAUCUUUUAUUUUAGGGUAAAAUAUGCUUUUCAUCCCUGUAAUUAUGGGCCAUUUGAUUUUUCAUCCAUGAGCUUACUAAUCCUCCCAUUUUGCCCCUGUAAUUACUAAUCAUUUGAAAAUUCGUCCUAAUUACAAAAUUUUGCUGAGGUGGAGGGUGAUUAGCUACGUGGCACUUAGUGACUGGGGUUUUGGCAGGACACAUCAGCAGAUGGGGAGGGAAAUGACAAUUUUGCCCUUAAUGAGUCUGGUUUCGUGCGGAAUGACCGUUUUACCCCUGCCUCCUUCUUUCCUUCUUCACGUAUUCUUCUUCUCUUCUUCUCAAUCGUACUUCUUGCUUUCUGAAACCCUAAAACAUCCACUUUUCUUCUCCAUUGAACCUUCACUCGCAUUCCCUCAUCUCAGAUUUACUUUCUCCAGUUCGAAAAUGUCAACUGGAAACAGCAGUACAGGGUACACGUAUGGUUCUUUAUUGUACGGUGAAUUCGAAACUUCCUGUGGAAUGCUUCCAAUGUGCCGUUGUGAGUUGCCCAUGGUCAUCUACAUUGCUAACACAAGAGCGAAUCAAGGACGUCGAUUUUGGAAGUGUCGCAAUUGGAUGAAAAAAAAUACAUGUUAGUUGUUGAUUUGGGAUGAUGAGCUUGCUGCUGGUACAAGGCCAAUGGUUGAAGUGACAGAAGAGAAGGUGAAGGUUGAGGAAGAAGUGGAGUUUAAAGAAAAGAAGUGUAAUUGUGUUGAAGCUAUGGAAGGAAUUUAUGACUUGAAGAAAGAUAAGUGGAAGAAGAAGAUGUUAGCUGAGAAAAAGAAAGUGGCAUAGCUGAAGUGGAGUCUGGUGGCAAGUUGGGUUCUCUUUUGUGUGUUUUAUGGAAGAAAGUAAUGGCUGAAGUUGCAUCUGGUGGCAAGUUGGAUUCCGAUUGCAGUGUUAGUUUGUUUAAGUUAGGGUUGUAGUUGGUUGUUAUGUAAUGAAGUGGAUCCAUUGGUAGUGUGUUUAUGUUUAGGCUUUAUGUUUAGUUUGUUAAGUGUUUGUGUGUUAAGUGUUGUAAUUCAAUAUAAAUGAAUGUGUGUUGUAUUUCAAUCUAAAUGAAUUGUAAUGUGAUUGCAAGAAAGUGUUUAA